UAUGGGGGGAAGGGAUACAUGCACUUCUUCCUCAAUUUCUUUUUCACUUAAUUUCUUUGCUCAAACCCACUUCCAAUCACAAAAAAACAAGAACCCACUAUCACCAUCUCUGGAUUUCUUUCAGGCACCAAACUACGCAUUGCUCCUUUUCCUCGGGGAAUAUAAAGAGAUGGGUAGCCAAGCCCUUGCAACUAAUGAUCGUACGAGGACAUACUGGACACCCGUUUCUGAUCGAUUGUCAACCUCCUCACCGAGUGGUGGUUCCCCCUUCGCAACUGUUUUUCAAGUCAAUGGCAACACUCUCUCGCUUGCCCUCUUCACCGACGCCACCAAUUCCAAGGAACUCCUGGACUCUAUGCAAGCUGGGACACUAAAUCAUGAAGUAGAAUUUCUUAAUGCAUCACUUAUUCCAGAUGUUUUUCCUGUUCUAGCUGCUACACAUAAGACGCUUAUUUCCAAGUCGCGCGAGUCAUUGACUACACGAACUCUUCAUUCCAACUCGAUUUAACGCUUCUUCUGAUGAGA